AUGCCUUCAUUCAGGACAGCCUUUCUGGCGGUAGCAACUGCUUUGGUCGCCACCGUUCAGGCAGACUACAGAAUCGAACCCAGCAGCGUUCCGCUGAGCACAAGAAGGAGCUGGUGCCAGUCCGAAAUCAGCACAUGUCCGUCCAUUUGCCGGGACCAGUCGGACACAGGGGCCCAGGUGAACACCUGUGAUCCGGAGACGCUCACAUACGGAUGUCUUUGCGGUGACAACACGCAGCCCAACGUGUCUGAGUACUCCCUCACUCUUCCCUAUUUCGUCUGCACGGAGCAGGACCACCCCUGUGGCGCCAGCAACCCCAGCACUGCCAACGAGACAAGCGCGACGGCGACUGCAACCUCGCAGACCGCGAGCUCGACAUCCGCAAAUCCUACCCAAGUCUUUGAUGGCCCGUCUGGAUCGAGUGCCUCCUCGUCGUCUUCCAGCGGGGCCUCAAAGGCGCCCUCGUUCGAGAUGGCCAGAUUGUACGCCAUGAGUGGUACGCUGGGAAUCUUCUUCAUGGGCUUCGCAUACAUGCUGUAA